AUGGCUCCCUUUCCACCUACGUCCAGAAAAAGGCGCCGUGAGCCCGUCAAUGUGGAUGUCAAACUCGUAGAACUCUACGAAGAUCUGGCAAACGAGAAUGGAGAAAUUAGAUUAAAAGCUGCCCAGCAGCUUGUGUCUCGAUUUACUCCUGAUCAGAAACCUUCGGAUGAUCAAAUCGAAAAGACAUUACAGCGCCUGUUUCGCGGGCUAUGUAGCGGUCGAAAAGCCGCCAGAAUCGGGUUUUCAAUCGCUUUGACGGAAACCCUCUCUCAAGUUUUCUCCUCACAUAGAGAUACGACAUCUUCGAGUUUGGGCGUUGCGAGAGCGAUUGAGAUUUGGGAAGCGCAAUCAACUCCUGGAGGUGCCGUAUCAGGCCAGGAGGAAAGGGAUCACCACUUUGGUCGACUUUUUGGAGCGGAAGCUCUCAUAAAAUCUUCAGUGUUAUUUCAAUCCCGGGUGCCAUUCGAAGAAUGGGUAAAGAUCCUCACUACCUUGUUCGCACUGGCCAAGAAGAAACCGUGGCUGCGUGAGGAGUGCGGAUGGAUAAUCUUUUGUUCCUUGAGAGAUAUCCAGACCCACGGAUUUGACGUUAAAUAUGCCGAGUCGGCGUUGGAUGUCCUAUGCCAAAAUGGCCUCGCUAAAACCCCGGAAGGUGUCGCUAUAUGGAUUGCGGCAAUAGACCUGUUUUCAACAAUGAAAUUCCCUGAAGGCGUAUGGAAGCAUGGUAGUCCCCUCCAUGUACGGGAAAGGGCUGCCCUUGCGAAAAUAAUGAAAGAGACGCCCGAAUCACAGUCUGAACAUGGCAAGGAGAAUGACAAAGCACAGAAUUCUGGUGUUUGGAAUCCAAAAUUACAUUUCACGUGGGACAUUGUUCUGCAGAAGCUGUAUACACGGCCAUCUAAUCAAAAUGGAUCGUCAAGAACCCAGGAUUUAAAUGCAACGCAAGCUAGUUUCACGGAUAUUUGGACUGAUGUUGUUGAUAACGGGCUAUUUGCAGCUGCAUCCUCUGAGGAGCGGAAAUAUUGGGGUUUCCUCCUUUUUAUAAAGACUAUGAACGAGGCCCCGCCACAUCUUGCUGCAUUGGUCUUCACGAGAAACCUCUUGCGGUGUUUCAUGAAUCAGCUAGCUGUUGAAGAUCGGUACCUUCACCGGAUAGCUGCGAAGGCACUCAGGUCCAUCCAAGCGCGCAUAGCAAGGGAGCCAGAAUUUAUUGUGGAUGCUAUAAGCGGACUAAUGGGCCCAAAUGGUGCGGUAAACUUUGAUCACAUUACGAAGACCAGAACUAUUGAAAAAAUGAUAUCUACCCUCAGCGUGGACACUUUGAAGGAGAUCAUCCCGUUAUUUGAAAAAAUGAUUGCGGCUCCCGGCAUUGAAGAUGUUAAAGCUGCAGCAUCGACUCGACAACAACUUGCUGGAUAUUUGCUCUCGGCCGUGAGGACACAGGCGUCGUCUGUCAUUAACGCCACUGCCUCUGACGAGUUACAGUCAUCAAUCGAGAGUGUUUUGCUCCUCCUAGCUCGCUUUGCUUAUUUUGUACACAAUGAAAGUAACAGAAGCAGCAAGCUAACUCCAGUAAAACCUCCAAUCACGGAAGCUACCCAGGAGUUAUUUCGUAAUAGGAUGAUGUCCUGUUUGCAUAUCGUCAUCAGUGGCCGGAAGAGUCCAGCUGCCGUCCCUUACACUGUGGUUCGCAAGAUCCAUGAAAUGGAUGUGGAAGGGACCUGGGGCAAAUUUGUCAUUGAAAUGGGCGAAGACAUCAAAGAAUCUGUUACGUCUGCUUUCAAAACGCUAAAAAAGCUUACCCAUAAGGAAAAACGCGCUGAGAAGAAGGAAGCAUCCAGUAUCCAGGCACUUAUACUUCUGUACUCGAUGACCAUCUUGCAAGUGUAUAACGGAGAUGCUGAUGCUGUUUCGAUGCUUGACGAGCUAAAAUUCUGUUAUUCUACAUUCCUUGGCCACAAAUCAGAGCGUGACGAGGCAGAAGAGGGGUCGGAUGCGCUUGUGGAAAUCCUUCUCAGUUUCGCAUCGAAGCAAUCGCAACUUUUUCGUCGGAUGAGCGAGCAAGUGUUUGGAGCUUUUGCAGAUCAAGUCACUGCGACUGGUCUUCAAUCUUUGAUUGAUAUCCUUGAAGCUAAGGACACUUUGGCAGGUCAGGAGGAAAUAUUUGAAACCCAAGAAGUGGGCAGUGAUGUAGAAAUGGUUGAUGCUGAAAACACCGAUGAUGACGAGGUGGAUGAUGUUGAAGUAAUCAGCCAAGCCUCUUCUGGGGAAACCGGCGACAAAUCCGAUGAAGAGUCAAAAGACAGUAACUCCGAAGAGGAAGACGAUGGCGAACUCGAAUCCUUCGAAGCGAAACUCGCUUCAGCAUUAGGAACCCACCGAGCCGACAAGGACCUGGAUGCCUCCUCGUCUGGCUCCGAUGACGCCUCCAUGGAUGACGACGAAAUGGAAGCCCUUGACGAUCAAAUCGCAAAGGUCUUCCGCGCACGCAAGCAAGUCCAUAGCAAAAAGAAAGAGCAAAGAGACGCCAAAGAGACCAUGCUCAAUUUCAAAAACCGCGUGCUCGACCUGCUCGAAAUCUAUGUGAAGAAAUGUCAUUCCAGCAUCCUUGCCCUCAACCUUCUUAUGCCCUUAUUACAACUCAGUCGCAAGUCAAGGACCAAACAAAUCGCUACUCGCGCCGGUAAUGUGCUCAGGGAAUAUACCAAACAAUGCAAAGGAACAGCUAGCAUCCCCGCCAUCGAAUCUGCGGAGCCAGUCUGGGAACUAUUGAAGGCUGUUCAUCAGGAAGCCACGCAUAGCGGGCCGGCUAUUCAUGCAUCGGCCUGUAGUCAGGCGAGUCUGCUGCUGGUGAAGAUUCUUGUGGCGCAUGGAAAGGAUAGUUUGUCGGAUAUUGUCGAUAUUUAUGGCGAGACACGCAAGAAGCAACUUACAAGCAAGAAGUGUCAUAUCCAGCCGUCAUUCUUCUCGGAUUGGAAUAAUUGGUGUGUUUCGGCAAGUAAACAGAGCAAGGAAUAGUUGAGCGAUCGGAUAUCUCUGAAGUCAAAGGAGGAGUGUUAUUUCCUGGCGGUCAUAUCUCUAGAUCCCUUCUUUCUCCCUUUGUGCUUUUUGAG